CCCGAGCGACGCCUGCCGGGAACGGCCGUUUCCUCCACACUUCUCGAGGAAUUUCGCGCGCUGCUUUUUUUUUUUUUCCCCUCCCCCCUCCGGCGCACGCCUUUUACGCGCCUCGGUCCUUUCCGUCGCCCCGGUGCGGAGGAGGCAGCGGCGUCCGAAGGAUUCCCGCGGAAGGUCACCUCGAAGGCUCCCUUUCGCUUUCAAUUUCGGCGGCGGGGCUUUCGCUCAGAAACCGGUGGGAGCGUUUCGGCCGGCGAGUUUGGGAAGAGGGUGCCCGGGCUUUCCUUCUCCGUGCCCGACGGGAAGCUCCCCUGAAAGCUUUGGGAGAAAGAAGGAACAAUCACACCCAUCUUGUGUACAAAAUCUCUUAUAUGUGAAACUCCUCAUAUGAAAAAAAUCUCAACCAUCUUGUGCAUGAAUUAACAGCAGGAUAACAUCCACAAUGGUACACGCUGAAACGUUUUCUCGUCCUCUAACUCGGAAUGAAGUUGUUGGUUUAAUUUUCCGCUUAACAAUAUUUGGCGCUGUGACCUAUUUUACAAUUAAAUGGAUGGUAGAUGCAAUUGAUCCAACAAGGAAGCAAAAAGUAGAAGCCCAAAAACAGGCAGAAAAGUUGAUGAAGCAAAUAGGUGUGAAAAAUGUGAAGCUUUCUGAAUAUGAGAUGAGCAUUGCUGCACAUCUGGUGGAUCCUCUUAGUAUGCACGUAACAUGGAAUGAUAUUGCAGGCUUAGAUGAAGUUAUUACAGAUCUGAAGGACACAGUCAUUUUGCCAAUCAGAAAAAAACAUCUAUUUCAAAACUCGAGACUUCUACAACCACCAAAAGGAGUGCUGCUAUACGGCCCUCCGGGUUGUGGUAAAACCUUGAUUGCUAAAGCUACAGCAAAGGAAGCUGGUUGCCGCUUUAUUAAUCUUCAGCCCUCAACGUUGACAGACAAGUGGUAUGGCGAAUCCCAGAAGCUGGCAGCGGCUGUUUUUUCUCUUGCUAUAAAGCUCCAACCCUCUAUCAUCUUUAUUGAUGAAAUAGAUUCUUUCCUACGAAGCCGUUCAAGUUCUGAUCAUGAGGCCACAGCUAUGAUGAAAGCCCAAUUCAUGAGUCUCUGGGAUGGUCUAGACACUGAUUUUAAUUGCCAAGUGAUAGUGAUGGGAGCUACCAAUCGCCCUCAGGAUCUUGACACUGCCAUUAUGAGAAGAAUGCCUACAAGGUUUCAUAUCAAUCAACCUUCACUAAAACAGAGGGAAGCAAUCCUGAAACUUAUUUUGAAAAAUGAAAAUGUGGACAGGCAUGUGGAUCUCUUUGAAGUCGCCAAAGAAACGGAUGGGUUUUCAGGAAGUGACUUGAAAGAAAUGUGCCGCGAUGCUGCACUCCUGUGUGUCAGGGAAUAUGUAAAUACUGCAUAUGAAGACAGCAAUGACGAAGAUGAAAUUCGCCCAGUGCAACAAAGGGAUUUGCAUCGAGCCAUCGAGAAGAUGAGGAAAUCAAAGGAUGCAACGAAUCAAAGUGUUCUGAUGCAUGUUAGUUUAGAUUAAGGUUAUCCAUCGCUUCUUUUGGUGACUGGUAAUUUAAAUAGUAGACGUCAAUUGAAAACAAAACAAAAAUCCCCAUCCUUUUAACAACUGUUUCUGGAAUUGUUUUUAUAUGCUGAUACCUAAGUUAUUGAAACCUAAUAAUUUUGCAGAAUUGGAUUGGGUCCGUGUGACAGAUCAUGACAAGGAGGGAUAAAGUCUUGCUUCAACCAAUAUCCUUGUUGCAGCCUUAAAAAUGUGUUGGUAGGUUUUCGCAUGGCACAUGGUUGCUCUGAGAGGGAGAGCAGAGCCUGUGUAUAUAUGUAUGAGACAAUGCGUAUGUAUAUAUGAUAUGUAUGUGUAUCUGCAAGUUUUUAUAGAGAGACAUAAUAUGUAGAAACUUGAAUAUGAAAUCCAUUCAUUCUUUUUCUUUUUACUUACUAUCUGGAUCGAGUUAGAUCACAGGGUCAAAAUAGUAACUGCACAGUUUCCUAAUGCACAGUCAGAAAUUCUGCUUUUUUGGGGAGUCGGGGUGGUGAUGGUGUGUGUGUCUGUAAUGUAGGGAAAUUCUCAUUUCUCCUUUGCAUCAUAAGUGACAGUAUGCGCAGGUGCCAAUGAUCUAAGCCAGGUGUCUCCAACCUUGGCAACUUUAAGACUUGUGGACUUUAACUCCCAGCCAGCUUUGCUGGCUGAGGAACCCUGGGAGUUCAAGUCCACAAGUCUUAAAGUUGCCAAGAUUGAAGACCCCUGAUCUAAAUAUAAAAUGUGUGCAACGUCUCAUGAAUGUUUUCAUCUUGUAUGAUCCUACAAAUUGUAUUCUUUUUAAUACCUUUUUAUAUAAUUGACGCUUACCAUUGUAGGCAGAACACUGGAAGCUACAGGUUGUUAAUGUUUUCUUUUAUUUCUGAAUUGUGAAUAAUGUCCUUUAUAUAAUUACCAGACAUAAAUGCUGCCAUUGCUAAAUUUCCUUCUUUGCUGCUCUAAACCUUCUAACCGCUCUAAGUGGAAAUGACAAAAAUUAUAACAUCAAGGACAGUGGCUUUCAAUUUUAGUUACAUUUCUUUCUAUAAGACAGGGAUCUUGCAGAGUUGGAAAUAAUCAUAUUUCGUAUUCAUUAUGAAAUAAUAAUAGGAAAGAUUGGAAUAAUGAGAUUUAUUUUCUUAAAUUCAUUUACUGUUGUCUCUCCCCACAAAUUCAUAUCUGUGCACUAAUUCUAGGUAUACUUGUAAGCUUCUUUUCUUUGGAUAUAGAACCAAAAUGUUCUAUACAUUUACAGAUCAUAUCCUAUCUAGAAUGAUUUACUUCUUUUUUAUGUGUCCAUUUCAAAAUGGAAAAUCUGUAGCCAAGGAAAACACAAUUCAGUUUCUGUUAAAUAAAGCAGAUUUUGUCAAAUGAAAUAAUUCUUUUAAAAAUAAAUCCAAGUCAGGCCGUCUUAGAAUUUUAGUCCCAUUUAAGUGGCUAAAAUAUUUGAGGUUAAGAACUGAGUGGGUAAAUAUAUAUGUGAUGAUCAAAUGCUUUUGCAUUAUGGAUGAUAUUAAAUCAAAAUGGGGGUUAGGUGUCAUUCCCCAAUUUAAUUUUCCUUUUAUUGCUAAAUCAAUCCUAUCCAAUCCCCUUGUACAUAUCAGAGGUAUGUACAUAUCUGAGGUAUGUAUCUGAAAAGAAAAAUACUUGAAAAAUAUCUAUGCUUCUGGACACGCUUCUCUGAUUUUCAGCCAUACAUAAAAAUACAGCUUGUGAUAUCAGUAAGUUGACCUUUUAAAGUCAUUUAUACAAAUCUCUUUUGCAAUAUUAAAGUUUAGGACAAAUUCCUUAGGUAGAUUGUGGUAAAGUACUUGAUUUAAUUCUUCAAUUAAGCCUUUCAUUUUAAUGGGUUUUAUUGUAUUCUGAAUCUUUAUUCAUGUCUCAAAUUUUAUUCUACUUAAUUUCAGCCAUACCUCAAAGUAAAAAAAAAAAAAGUAUAACUUUAUCUAACCAUUUCAUUAAACUGCUGUAUCUUUCCAGUGUUUUCUAUGGCCUAUAAAUAAAUGUCACACAGUUGUACCUCAUGUUCUAAACAUUUAUGAAUGUCGAUGAAUAAUCUUUUGCCACAACAGCAAAGCUAGAUAUUAGUUCUUGUGACCAAAUAUAUUCAUUUUAAGAUGUAUCAUUUCACUUCAUAAUUUUCAUAAACUCAGAAUAGUCCCAUUUAAGUUUAUUGUAGCAUAAAUCAUACUUUGUUUCUCUCUCACUGAGUGAAACAGAUUUAUCUUUUUCUCUAUUCCUUUAAGUGUUUUGGUUUAUUUGCAAGAGGGGAAAUUAAAUGUCACUGAUUCCAGGUUUGUUUUAAGGACAAUGCUUAGGAUCCAAAGAUCAGCUCAGGAAAUUUCAGCAGAUGCUCUUUAUGCAUGAGGUCUCUCAAGACUUUUUAAAACCUUGGUCAAUACUUCUGAUGUCCUUUGUCACUGUAUUUAAAAGAUGACUUAAAAUCUCAAGCCUGUUUGCCUUCUGACCCCAUCAUUCCAGCCAUAAAUAUUAAUUUAGUAGGCAUAAUUUAAACAUACGAAGUAAGAAGCACCUGAAAACGUUGAAUGAAUUUCCCUUCAACUUGUUUAAGAGGUAAUAAAUGUGAACAAUCUGUUUAAUUUCUAGAAUAUUCUUUAGAUAUUUAUUCCACCAGAUGUAUUGCUAUAUAGUAGUAAGAUAUAGAUUUUUAUCACCCUCCUUGGUCACUAAACUCCAUUAGCUAUCCCUGGGACAUAGCUGUAUAGUUUUAUAAUAAAAUAUUUAUUUGCAUUUAUAGACUAAAGAGACGUAUUUCUAAUAUUCAGAGGUACUAAUGGUCAAGAAUGGAAAUUAUCUUUCCAUUCUUGAUAGUUCCGAUUGUGUUGAUAGAAACUUCGAAUUGAAAGUUCAUGGAACUUCCUUCAAAGGAACAAUUUUAUUUAUGAUUUCCAGACGAAUAACUUAGUUAGUCUGCAGCACCAAAAAUAGCAGUCUUUUGGCAUCUUCAUAGUUCCAUGGCAUAAAUUUGCAUAUUCAACAGCCCAAUGUUUGCCUUAUAAAAUUAUUUGACUUCCAGAUAAAAGUAUUAGUAUAUUAUUUUUUGUGGGGGGAAAAUAGGGAUUUGUUUAUAAGAUCAGCUGACUUAAGAAAAUUCAUGGCAAGUUUCUUGUCGUCUCUUCCUCCUGCCCCUACAAAACUUCUCCAAGGGUUGAGGGAUGUUUCUCAAGUAAGAUAGAAUGGAUGCAGAAGGUUUUUGGAAGAAUUGUACCAAACAAAACAGAAGCUUCCCAGUGUUGACUACUACUUCCUUGUUUUAAGAGCCAUGAUUUCAGCAGAGCGCCUUACUUUAUAAUGGAGCCAUGUUAACACCAUUGUGGUACUUUGUAAUUAUUGUACUUUUAGCUCUUCCGACAUUCAGAUAAGCACUUACUGAAUGUUGACUCUUUGCGCAAUCAAGAUGGUUCUUGAAUAGUUACAAACAAUUCAUAAUGUAUUUACAGUUGAGAUUGUUGUUCUUCUUGUGCACUAUUCUAAAAUUAAAUUCCAGCCCCAUUAUUGGCUUGACUAGCACUCCUUUUCACACUUCUUGUGAAAGAAGUGCCUACCUUUUUCCUCCUUCCAUCUUGCAGUUGACAUGGUAUGUUAGAGCUCCAGGUGAAGACCCAAUGCCUGCAACUAGUUUGAAAGGUGGAGAUAACAUAUCUGCUAAUAUUAAGCAUACGUGUUCUCUCUAUGGGGGCUCCCAUUUCUUGUUACAGUGUGUGAUUUUGGAGUGGGAGUGGGCUGUUCACUGUUCCGUCACGGACAUCAUGUCUGUAGUUGUGGUCUGUACAGCGCUAUGGUUGUGUCAGGUUUAUGUGUCAUCCUAUUUUACUCAUGAGAGUAAAAUAGUCCACCAAGAGUUUUGAGACUCCGAAAUCCAAGCCACAAGCUUUGUCGUUAGGUACGUUUGUGCUUUAUUAUUGUCAUUACCAGCAUAUGGGGCCUCCACUGACAUAAAAAAGCACAAUUACUCUGUAAAAUAAUAAUGGGCAUAGGAAUAUUUAAGGGUUCCUUUCUUAAACCUGAAAACCCAUUGACAAAAGCUGAGCUUGAUUAACUAGAGAAUGAAGCAAUAAAUGUGACAUGAUCAUGGCAAACCAUUUAAAAUUGUGUGUUUUUAAAAAUAUAUGUUUUUCCACAUGGUUUUAAGGAUCAAGUAUAUACAUGUAUUCUCACUGCAGUGGCUAAAUGUAAAUGAAUAAAAAAAGAUUAGCCAGCCUA